UUACAUGUAAACGUCAGCUUACUAUUUAUCUCUCUGCUUUUACUUGGACCUUUUGACUUUUGUCGGCAGAGAGGAGCUUGUGGAGAGUUUUGAACGUGAAUGGAGGAUGAGCAGCCCCGGACAGAGUAGUGGGACGCCCCUACCACCUGAUCUCUUCGAAAACUUAUGGAAGCAGCUGAGAGAGUGCCACCAAAAUGCGCUUCAAGAAUUGGAGGCAAAAGUGAGCAAGCUGAAGAAGGACCGCUGUCUAGAUGCUCAGAGGCUUGAGGUGUUCUUCAAUCGCAACCAGCAGCUCAAAGAGCAGAACAAAAGCCUGCAGGAUGCCAUCAGUCUCCUGGAGGAACGGCUCCGGACAGGGGAGUGUGAUCGAUGUUCCAUCUUAGAGGAAAACCUCAAGAGUCAUCGAGAUCAAGAUCUUCAGCUUAUUGCCAAACUGAAGAGUGAAAAGAACAGCCUGGAGGAUGAAAACAGAAAACUACACGCUGAGCUGCAGAAGUUACAGAUGUCUCGUUCUGAGCCCCACGAGGCCUCACCGCAGGAACAGGAAGAGGGCAUCAUCCCAGACUCGCCCAUCAUGUCGAGCUCGCUGCCUGUGGCAAACAGACUGAAGAAACGUAAAAACACCAUGAAGCAUGUCCGCUACGCAGAGAUGCCUCUACCCAAGUGUAACAACUCACUCUUCGCCGAGAUGAAUAAAGAGCCCACGAGGAACCCCGGACGAGGAGAAGUGCUCGUACCCAACACGUGUGAACUGGACGCAUCCCAGAUCUCACACGAUGCGACUGAUGAUGCAGAAGAGAUGGUUGCAGAAACCUGUGCUUUGGAACUUCUUGAAAAGCGUCACAUGAAAAUGGAGACCGCUGCACGACAGCAGAGCAAAACUCCCUGGAAGCACGAUGUUCGUUUAAAGUCUCGCUGCUCCUCCCCUUCGUCCUCACGGAUCCACGGUCCAGACUCGACCACAGAGAGGUCCCCGUCUCUUCUCCCGAGUGUGAAGCGGUUUUCGGAAGGCGACUCCAUUUGCAAGGCAAAAAGAAAAAAGGAGGGAAGCGACCAAGAGGCGCGGGAAGGCAACAAACAGGGAACCCAGGAAGGGACGGACAAACACCUGCAGCCUGAACUGAUCGAUCAGACAUCUGGAAGCAAGCAGAGCUUCUUCAAGGACAGCAAGGUUCAGUCAGCACAAGCUAGGACUUCCCCUCAAAACCCAGAUGUCUCUUUUAUAAGUCCUGCUUUCAAGAAGCCAAACAGGACGGUUAAGGGGGACGCAGAUGGUGCCGGGCAGAGACGAAGCCCUCUGAAGGAUCUGAACGCUUCACACGGCCGACCUGAAGCCAAAGCCGCUGAAAAGAAGCAGGCGGGGGAGAACAUGUGGAGCCUUGACCCUGCGCUCGCUCUGUCCAUGUACGACAGCGAAUGGAGAGGAGAGGAGGAAAUGGAAGAAGAGCAGCAGCGUCACGGAGAACUGGCCGAUACCGACUGCACCUGGGUCAGCCACAGCUUACUUCAAGGUCGGGGAGAAAACGACGAGGACAGACGGGACGGUGCGCCUGGACUGGGCCAGAAGGCAAAUGACAGUUUGGAUGUGAUGUUUGACACCACAGCUUACGGAGAGUACAAAUCUUUUAACAGCCAGAGCCAUCCUGGUCAUCAUGAUGAUGAUAAUGAAGAGGAGGAGGAGGAGGAGGAGGAAGAAGAGGAGGAGGGCGAUGAACAAGACCCUCCUGAAAACGGCGCACGUCCGAGUAAAGCAGGACAGCCGACGUUUGCACACGUGGCAGUGGUCCGCAAGAAGGACGAGAGGAGGAAGCUGAAGGGCACCACCUGCAAGGAAUGUGAAGUUUACUACGCACAUCUGCCAGAGGAGGACAAACAGAAGAAGCUCGCCGCUUGCUCGAGGCACCGCUUCCUUUACGUUCCUCCUUGUACUCCUGAGAACUUCUGGGAGGUUGGAUUCCCAUCGACACAGACGUGCAUCGAUAGAGGCUACAUCAAGGAGGAGAGGAAUCCUCAGGCACGUUUACGGAGACGACAACCGCUGACGGCUUUAUUCACUCCGAAGCAAAGCCAGCAGGACGACUAAGGACUUCUCUGUGAAGGAACUGUGUGAAGAACAGGCUUCUUACUGAGUUUUAAUCGAUGGUUUCAGCGUAACGUCUGUAUGUAUAUACUGUGUGACUGGUUUGUGUUUUUGUCGACAGAAUAUUUAGAUAAAUAAAAGAUUAACCACAUUCCUGUGGAGUGCUGCCAUUUCUGAAUAACUGUCAAUGAAUUUUAGCUAAACUGAGUCAACAUCUGCAAGAAAAAUGACCACAAAUCCUUCUGUGUGAAGACGAGACGAGAUGAAAACACAGCUUGUACACAAAGAUGGUUUUAUUUGGUCGGCAGAUCAUCGGAGCGCAGACGAGAAACUAGAAAAAUAUUGCAGCAGGUAUAAAAUAAAACACAUGUUCUACACAAAUAAUCUCUUUAGGCUCUUUAUGGAGUGCAAGUGGUGGACUCGUCCUGAAGUUCAGUCAUCGUGUUUGAGAAUCUCUCUCGGCGUAAACCAGCAGCGCCUCUCCGGCGUGGCUCAGCACCACGC